UUAAAUAAAAAAUUAUGACAAUAGGUAUUUGUAAUUUUUCAAACUACAGGGGACAAUCCAUAUUUUAAACAAAUCUCAGGCGGUGUAUUUGUAAUUUAUCCAAAAUUUUUUAACUAGUAGCUGCAGCUUUUGCUAGGAGUCUUCCCAAAGCCCCAUCCCUUUCAUGGUUUGCUCUGUUUAUUAAGGCUAUAUGCUUUGACUAUGAUUUUUUGCUCUCUCUCUCUCUCUCGUAUAUGUACGUGUCUAUAUAUAUACAUAUGUUUUUAUUUCGCCUACUAUGUAGAAACCAUGAAGGUGUACCAAAGAAGAGAAACCAUGAAGGAAAAAACCAAUGUGUCAGACCAUGAAAGUAUCUGUUAUUCUGGUGGUUGCACAAAUACCGAAGAAUUUGAUGCAUUUGAAGAGGAGGAGGGAGGCAAAGAGAGAAUCAAUGAUUAUAAAGGAGAAAUUGAAGGAGAUGGAGGGCGAAGAAGAGAAGGGGAGGAUGAGGAGGAGUGCAACAGCAAAGGAAAAGGAAAAGAAAUAAUUAAAAAGUUUCUAUUUGACCUACCGCCACUGCCCAUAUCCAAACGGCCAAGGAAUCAAAGACGAAACCGAAUUAGCACCUUGAGUGAUAGGGUGCUCCUUCACAUUUUGUCUUUCUUGCCCAUGAAAGAUGUUGUAAGAACUGGUGCAUUAUCAAAAAGAUGGCAAAACCUCUGGACUUCUGGAGCAACACUUGUUUUUGAGAACCAAGAUUUUGAAGAAAAUGACAUCCGUAAAUUUGUGGCCUUUGUCAAUCACACCUUACUUAUGUGCAGGUGCUCCAACGUUAAACAGUUUGUACUCGACUUCUGGUCGUACGAAAAGUGUUUUGCCCGUGAUGUUAACCUUUGGAUUCGCUUCGCAACACUAAACAAUGUGGAAGACCUUCAUUUACGUUUAGGAUGCUCUACAAUACUAGAGCCUGAUGGCCACAGAUUACCUCAGCAUCUAUUCACCAACUCAUCAUUGGCAAUUUUGAGUGUAUUGAAUUGUGUUGUCGCACCAAGUGGUGAUGUUAACUGGAGAUCACUCAAGAGUCUAUCGGUUGAGUAUGUGCUAUUGAGUGAUGAAAUAAUUGUAAAAAUACUAUCAGGUUGUCCGGUUUUGGAAUUCUUGAAAAUAAAUUCAUGCUCCGGCACCAGCCGCUUGGAUAUCAAUUCAACAAGUCUGAAAAGGUUGGUGAUAGUGUUUGUGUUCAGAAAUUCUGAUGAAUCUAUGCUGGAAAUUUCAGCUCCAAAUCUUCAGUCAUUGAAACUUUUGGGGCAUUUCCGCCUAAUAAAGUGUCGGUUGGUAAAUGUCUCUUCGCUUGUUCUAGCCCACCUUGGUUUUACAUUUGAUGACACUUCUGGUCAAGACAUCAUUGAUGAUUAUGAAAAGCAGCGUAACCAAUUGGGAGAACUUCUCGAGAGACUUCAACAUGUUAAGGAAAUUCAAUUGGGAAAUUGGUGUAUCCAGGUUUUGUCGAUUGCAGAAGUGAAAUGUUUGCCUUCUCCGACGUCAAGCUGCAGAAUUUUAACACUCCAUACACACAUCAUGAAAUUUGACAUCCCCGGCAUAGCAAGACUGCUACAAAGUUCACCUUCUCUAGAGACAUUAAUUGUGGACAUGAGUGCCCUUUACCAUCAAAGGUUUCCACUUUCCUCAAGUUUUCUCAAUUCCUAUGACUUUGAUGGAGAGAACUACUGGACAUCACAGAAGAGGAUUUUCGAGUGCCAGUUGCUGCGUCUAAAGACUAUUAAGAUCAUCGGCUUCCGGGAAGUUUGUGAAGGAUUUGUGCUUCCUCUUGUGCAAUUUCUGCUUGAGAAUGCAAAAGUGCUAGAGAAGAUGGUAAUCAAAACAGAAAAGUCAGGUUACAAGCCAUGCUCGACGUGUUCUGUAUCACAAGAAUUUGUACGACUAACACAAAGAUUAUUGAGCUUCCCAAGAGCGUCACCCCGUGCUGUGAUUAUGUUUUCUUAGUGAAAAUCAAGAUUACAUACUUGGCUCGAUGGCUCAAUAGUUGGUUAUUUUUGUAGCAUGGAACAGCUUUAUGGGAUAUACUGUUUUGUCUAUCCAGAUGGGUUGAACUUCUUGAUCGUUAUGUGCUGUUAGAAGGCAGGAAGAACACCUAGAAGGCGAUGAACCAGACUCUGGUUUAGCUGGUAGCUUCAACCACCACCUCCAACUCUCUUUUGUCGACAGAGAAGCAGAAACUUGAGCUAAAUUAGCUUAUGCUCCUCUGAAUCAGGAAUGUAUUUUUAAGGACUCCCAUCCUUUUUGCACACUUUUGUUGUACUUAAUUCUGGUCUAAAAUAUGAAGUUCAUGAAAAUUAUGUAUGUUGCAACACUGUUAAUAUACAUGGCAACAAAAAUUAGAGCCACAAUUUUAUUUUUCUUUCCAUAUUUACUUAUUUAUUUUUGUUUAUAUUUAUUUUGUGGGUCUCCCUUACGUUAGAA